AUGGCGACAGAACUCGUUGAGCUCAGAGAUCAGGAGGAAGAAUCCCCUGACUUUGCCCGUGAUGGAGCUAGAGUUUCUUUUAAUGUUGGGUGAGCAAAACGAAGAGCCGCAACCAGGAAACAUAGCAAUCUCUGGAGAAGAAGUUUACAAACCUGCCCUGUGGAAAGUAAUGAAGAGAAGCUUGAGGGCUUGUUACACCACUAUCGAAACAACAGGUCCAAAUCGUGUAUUAUUGAGGGAUUACUGUUUGUUCUCAGACAACUUUUGGCUCCAGUACAUGAAUCAGUCGAUGUUGCUAGGAGGGCGUGGGGUUUCCUUAAAUUUGAGGAAGCCUUCGGUAUAUUUGAGGGGGUUUUUGAUCACGCAGUUGGAAAAGAUGAAUUCCAGGAUCACCUUCUUCACCCAGAAUAUGGUCUACGAGUUAAUGUCGCACAAGUCAACUCAAACAGGCAAGUUAUUGUUUUAAUAUACUUCAAGAGAUACGUGUUUACAAUUUUUGUUGUUUGUUUUGAGUGUGAGAGGAAAACAAGAGCUCCAUUUUCAUUUAUUUACUUAUUUAUUUUUAUAGAUUCUUGGUUUUGGAAAAUGAAUUCACUAACAUCGGAUGCUUUUUGAACGAGUUAAUUCUUGAUCAAGACACGCCUUGUUCAUCUGAGCGACUAAAAUUAACUGCUGAUGUUCUUGAAAGUGUGCUUGCUUCAAUGGAUACGGAGUAUGACCGCAAUGCCUUGAAAAGAAUCCUUUUUACCUUCUUGUCAAGGUCUGAAAUUUAUGCCUUAGGUGUCAAGCCUGACAGAGCUGUAAACUUUCUUUCAAAAACUUUGCAGGCUUCAGAAGAGGUUGAAAAUGCACAAGUUGCAGCUGAAGACAUGAUUUUUUUAAGACUAAUUGAGAGGAAUGGCAAAAUACAAGAGAAGAUAAACGAUAUAGACAGAAAAUUACAGAAAGAAGGAGAUCUGUUGUCUGAAAAACGCAGAGCUGACAUGAUCCAACAAAAAGAAGUUUAGCUGGAGAGAAAAGAGCAUGCAGAGAGUGUAAAAAAUCAAAACACUGCCUCAGCCAAGAAGCAUGUCGUCCAACAAAGAAAGAGACUAACCAGUUCCCUCAUAGAAGAAAAUAGGGUGAAAAAGCGCAAACGAUCUUGUGGUGCACCAUCUCUACUACAUUCUGAUGAGGAGGAGGCAAUUGCUAAAGCCAUUGAAGAAAAGUCGACAGCCCAUGGUCGGAGGCAUGAUAUGGUUCUAUAUACAAAUCACCAUGUCAAAAAGAAAGACUUUCUAUCUUUGGCUAAUUAUUAUCGACUUAAACAAGGGAAAAAGCUUAUUAAAAGUGCAACAACAGUUUUGAACCGUGCAAGGCCAAGAAAUGUGAGAUCAAUUGCUGCAAGAGCACAUAAA